UCACAUGAUCACGUCAGUUUCCUGUUUACUACUGGCCCUGGUUAAAGUUCCUUGGCUACAUCCAACACGGAUACAUUUCAUUGCAAUUUUACAAAACCGUUCUUUUGUUUGCCUCUACAUACAUCCGACAGCUUUGGCGUUGUAAACAACACUUAAUGUUUUUCUCCAGAUCGAAAUUAAGUUGAAGACUUGUGCGGACUUCCUGUGAUUGGUGGCCGGUGUUGAGAUUAUUUUGUGGGAUGCGGUGUUCUGAUGUGGGCUCUGAAAAUCAAAAGAUAAACCAAAGCGGGGAUUUCAUUAUAAACGGACAAUACUUUUUAUUUUUGUUGAUUGGAGAAAUAAUAGCGGUAAGAAGUCUUGAAGUCUUUCUCGUGUCGUAUAGUAGCCUACAGUCGGUAACGGGCUAUUUUGAUCACCAGUGCUGUGGAGGGGGAUCAUCUCGCCAGGACCCUGAACUCGGGACGCGUCCCCGGCUCCGGCCCCAGGCGCCUUGCGGGCGGUGAGGAAGAAGCUUGUCCUGAAGGGAUGGCCUGGAGGAUCCUCUCGGCCCCAGGGAGCUGCGCUAUUUAAGGAAGGGCGGGUUCGAAUCGAGCAGAAGGCGGGUGACGGCAGGUGCUCGAUGAUGGCUAGCAGGAGUGAGGAGAUAACCGAUCUGAUCUAUGAGUUCUCUAAGAGUCAGUACAGAGCGAAGGAGGUCACCCCGUGGGUAGAGAGAGUAGAGAAGCGCUAUCUGGAGCUGUUUGACCGGGACUACAAGUACAGCAUCAUCCACAACACCAAUGGGGAAGUGUGUGGUCACUACCCACGGAAGAUCGUGUUUCUGGAAUAUGAAUCUUCAGACAAUAAUAAAGAGAGCUUUGAGAGUACAGUGCAGAUCAGUAAAUUGCAGGAUUUGGUGAAUCGUAGUAAGAUGGCUCGUUGUAGAGGGAGAUUUGUCUGUCCUGUCAUCCUCUACAAUGGAAAGCAUGUGUGUCGAUCGUCCACACUAGCAGGUUGGGGCGAACUUUAUGGUCGCACUGGAUACAACUACAUUUUUUCAGGAGGUUCAGAUGACACCUUGGGUGAGGCUGAAGAGGUUUUGGAGGAUGACUGUGCAGUUCGGAAUGAUUCACAGUUGUUUGAUAAGGUUAGGGGCUCUGACAUUAAGCUGUUGAAGUAUUUGUCUGUACACUACAUUUGUGACCUCAUGGUAGAGAAGAAGAAGGUCAAGUUUGGCCUCAAUGUGACUUCCUCAGAAAAGGUGGACAAGGCCCAACGCUACUCUGACUUCACCCUACUCUCUGUGCCUUAUCCAGGUUGUGAAUUCUUCAGGGAAUAUAAAGACAGAGAUUACACAGCAGAAGGACUUGUCUUCAACUGGAAUCAGGACUAUGUGGAUGCUCCGUUGACAAUUCCUAUUCGCUUUACAAGUAACCUCAACAUCAACUGGAGUGAAUACCAGUCAUGGGACCUGGUGCAGCAGACUCAGAACUACCUGAAACUGCUUCUACACAUCAUCAACUCUGAUGAUGAGAACGGUUUACUGGUGCACUGUAUAUCAGGAUGGGACCGGACACCCCUCUUUGUGUCCCUGCUCAGGCUCUCCUUGUGGGCGGACGGUGCCAUUCAUGCCAGUCUGGAGCCAUCUGAGAUCCUUUACCUGACUAUCGCAUAUGACUGGUUUCUUUUUGGUCACAUGUUGCCUGACCGACUCUCUAAGGGGGAGGAGAUUUUCUUUUUUUGCUUCAAUUUUCUGAAGCAUAUUGUUUGUGAGACAUUUUCAGUCAAGAAAAAACAAAGAAGAAAAAAUUCUCAGUUCAAAGAUGCUGACUUCACAGUUGAUGACCUCUGCCAGUUAAAGUCCAGAGAUCGGGGUAGUGUGACAAGUCUGAGCAGUGAUUUCUCUCUCAUCACAGAAGAUACAUCUGCUCCCUCCAGUCUACAUGCAGAAGCUACAGACCCAAUUACCACUGGACCACAGGCUUCUAGCGGUGUUUAUCACAGGAGGAAAGGCAUGCCAUUGUCUUCUAAUUCUGUGCUUUGGAACCGACCAAUCACUUCAGAGGAGCGAAUACCUAAUGUAAUCACUGAGGCUAGUCCUCUGGGGUCCUUUAAGUCCUCAAGCUCUUCCUCAUCCAACCACUCAGAUCAAAAUCUCACACGGACGGGAAGCACCCCAUUAGCUGUACCAGGAAGGAGACCAGUGGUCGAGUAUGCUCGGUCAGGCUCCUCGCUAUCCACAGAUUAUGGCAGUUGGCAGAUUGUCUCAGGAUGUGGGAGCAUCCAUGAUCUUCCCCCGGUGCCCUCAGAGUCUCCUCUUCCAUUCAGCUUCCAGGAUGAGGGUCCCAGUGGACGAAUGUGCACAUUUGUACCCGAUAGGCAGGUGAGAUUGGAGGCAGUGAGGGAGUUGUUCCUUUCAGCCUAUAGCUCUACAGUAGGACUCAAAUCGUCAUCUCCAAGCCCUUCCGGUGCCAUCUCGGGCCUGCUGGAGCAGUUUGCCCGUGGGGUCGGCCUUCGUGGCACCAACGCCAUUAUCUGAGCCUUCCUCUGUUGCAGCCAUAAUUUUCACUCAGCUCUAUUAUACAUCCUCAGGACUUUUGAUGUCAUUGUUUUUUCUCCUCCUACUGCACCUUGAUGUGGCACCAUAUCUACCACAUCAGGAGUACCUAAUUUAUUGGUGUAGCUGUACAGUAAAUCCUUCUUCAUCCCUUUCUUUUCCAUCUCUCGGCCUCUAGUUCCUCUUUUUUUUCUCACUCUUAUUCUCUCCUCUCACUUAUUCCAAUGCAAGUCCCUACUUGCAGAAAGGAAAAGUGCCAAAUCUAAAUACAGGGCUACAUUAAACUGACUGUUUAUUUUUUCCUCUACAUUUUGAAUUUUUGUUUUUACAGACCAAAUAAUGUCCAUUUGUUGAUUUGUCUAAUUUAGAUUUUAAUUAGCGCUGCUUCAAUUUUAUUUUUCUUUACCCUUGUUACUUACUUUGCAUGUUGCACAUUUGUACUGUAAUAGGGAAGAAUAGAGAGAGGUUAAUGGGAUCCUGGCAGAAAAGGGAAAAUUAUCACCAAGCUCAACAAUAAAAAAUUAUACUUCAAGGAACAAAAAGGUAAAUGUAAUUGGGGGAAAAUGUUUUCACACAGAAAGAGGGUCUUGCUCCCCCAUUUUAAAUGCUUGUUUUAUUUUAGUUGCUGACUGUCUUAUACACUUAAAAGAAAUUAUUGUAAAAUUAUUCUGUUGAAAUUAUUGUAAAGACUGUAAAGACCUUAAGCCGUGUUCAAGAUUUGAACUAAGCCUAAAGACUGUCAGUUGUUUUGUGGUAUUUUUAGGAAUGGCAGCAGUUUGGGCAGUAGUAAUGUAAGACAAUGUCAUUGUUCUUUUAAUGAUCAAUUAUUUGAUUAUUUAAUGAGUGUGUUAUGAAUUUAAUUCAAUUUAUUUUUAAUUCAAUUGUUUUUAAACCUUAUCAAUCAAGUACACAAAAUAGUAAAGAUUAAUUUUAUCAGAACUAAUCUUUCGAGAGCAGCAGGCCGUGUCCUGCACUUACGUUUUCUGAAGCCAAGUCGUUUUAUUAUUAGACAAUUUUGUUUUUCUUGUCAAUGAUUUCUCUCUUUCUUUCUCGUUUUUUCUUUUUUUUUUUUUUUUUUUCAUUUUUCUUUUUGGUAAAUGCCUCAAAAUAACUGAAUUGCCUUGGCAAUAUAUUACAAAUACAGAUAUUACAGAUAUUAAUUCCUGUACUUACACGAAUGCCUAUAAAGUGGCACUUGAAUUCAAGGAUUGAAAACAUUUAAUUUGUAGUAUUUUGGACAUAAAACCAUUGUGGCCUCUUUACCUCAGGGCCUUUUUAUUGUGCCUUUUUAUUUAAAGGAGCUAAAAUUCAGUUUUCAUGCAUGGCUGCAUUAUUUCAUAUAACUUUUAGAUUUUAAGACCAUGUCUUGCUGUUUCUCUUUUUGUUCAUUUGUGACACAAUAACGUCCUUCUGUACUGUAGCAACUUCCAGUGUUGGGCAAAAUACAGACUAAAAGAAUUCUC